ACGGAAGACGCGUCACAGUUUGAGGUGUGGAGGUAAACGUUUAGCUCAGUGCUGCAAGGAAUCAUUUUACUAAGCAUAUUUAUAAUGUCUCGGUUAAAAAGAGGUGAUAAGGGGGACUCUCUGGCGGGCUUCAGGACUGAAAAGACAGAAGGGACAAUUCCUAACGGGUUGCUAAAGGCGGCUAGGAAAAGCGGGCAGCUCAACCUGUCCGGCCGAGGACUGACAGAAGUCCCUCAGAAUGUGUAUCGGCUAAACAUUGACACGCCAGAAGAGGCCCAGCAGAAUGUGUCCUUUGGUGAGUCAGAUCGCUGGUGGGAACAGACUGACCUCACCAAACUGCUGCUCUCGUCCAAUCAGCUUACAAAACUGUCUGAUGACAUCAGACUACUGCCUGGACUCACUGUACUGGAUCUCCAUGACAAUCAGCUGAACAGUUUACCUUGUGCUUUGGGAGAACUGCAGGAGCUUCAGCAACUGCGGCUCAGGACUCUGUCAGAACCAGGCCAGAAGAGGGUGAUUGUAGAAAAUGAGCAGUCUGAUGAGGAGGUUUAA